UACGGACACGCCCAUACACACACACACACACACACACACACACUCAUAGCCACACCUGCACACACACACACACUGACACCUGGUUUUAGCAGCGUGGCGGGCAGUGAGGCCGAGCGUGAUGGCUCAGAGGAGCGGAGGCGUGUGCCUUUGACCCACAGAGCUCUGGUGAGUGUGGGGGUGCUGCUGGUGGCUCUUGGCGUUGUCCUCAUGAUGUUUGCUGGUGCAUUCGGGUCAGCCCUCUCUGUCCUCGGCUUCGGGGUUCUCAUCUACUCGUUCUGCAGAGUCAUGAAGAACAGCAACCACAACAUGACCAUCCCGGGUCACUUCCUGCUGCACUCGCGCACCGGCACCCAGUACACGUAUGAGCAAGCCAUCGCUUUGCAGAGGAGGCUGGACAGAAUCCGCAGGGCUUCAGCGGAAGAGCGGCGUUCGACCCAGAGCCCCCCUCCGGUACUCACCAGUCUCCACAGCCUACCUGGAACUCCACCUCCCUGGGACAUGGAGCCUCCACCAUCCUAUGAAACGGCCAUGAAGACCAGCACACUCCCCCAACCGACCAUGAUCAUGACUCAGCCCUCCUGACCACAUGAGAACAAUGAUAACUAAUUACGUGCUGAUGAGAGCUAAGUGCUAAGUCCCAGGCUGUAUGUUGUCAGUGCUGUGAAUCACUCAGGCAGUUUGAAAACCAUAAGUGACCAUUACGAGGACAUGCGAUUAGAUCCACUAAGUAGCACAUGCAUUGCUUUAUCGUGGCUUAACGAUAAUCAUAUGACUUUUUAUGACCUAUUAAUUCCAAGCAACAUGCAACUUAAAUCGCCUACACACCAGUGCCCCUGCCAAUGGAAAUCCCCAGCCCAGUAAAUUGUUCAGACACUGAGUCAGUCUUAAGUUGCCCAAAUUAGUAUUUGUUUUUUAUUUUUUUAACAGAUGCCUGGAAGGUUUAGAGUCGUUGAUGAAGCUUUGCUAAAAGGGAGACAGAAAUCAAAUGUAUGGCUGAAGAGCUGUUUUUGAUUAUUAUUGAACUUUCAGGGUGUUCUUUUGUUUUGCUUUUGGGAAAAAAAGAGGAAAUACAGAUUUUCAGAUAUUUAACUCCAAGAGAAAAAUAUUUUCUUAUUUACUUUUUUAAUGAUUGAGAGAUUUAGCUUUUUUUUUUUUUUGGUAAUUUCUUUUUUGCAGUGGUGGAUCAAGUGGGAGGAAAAAGAAAAUCUCAGGGAAAAAAAAAAGAAAAAAGUUAGGCCAUCUGGGGGGAAGGCGUUUUUAGAAUGCUGGAGCAAAGAGUUUCCUUAUGAGAAAAACUUGUAACUAUCCAAAGAACACUUUACAAAAGCAUUUUCGUUUCUGGACAUGAAUUUCCAAGAAAAAGACUGUAGAUGUGUUUGUAGAAUCACAUAUUAACUGUCAUUAGUAACAGAUUGAACAUAAAUCACUUUAGAAUAGUUUCUUUAUUGCUUGAGAUUGACAGGGAAGGGAGAAAGUUUCUAAUUUUAUAAGUACCAUUUCUAAUUGAUCCUGACAAUCCCUGAUCUGGAGUUAGAAAAUUGUGUUUCAGAUUCAAAAAGGGCCAGAUAUUACAAACAGGAUGCAUAACAACGAUAAUGAAAAAAUAAUGCAAUUUUCCUGCUCAGUAUUGCCAUUGCCAAAAACUGUGCUGUAAUAUUGCGACUAGGAAUGUGUGAAGAAAUUCUUCACCCGACCUCCAGGGUGUUUUACCAUCUAUAGACCUUUGUAGAUACCUUCAUGACAAUCCUGUAUUAAUGGCACUACAAUACCACAGUGCAAACAGGCCCUGAAAGAAAACAGAUUUUUGGCUAAGCCAAUAGACAGACUUGAUUGUAUAAGAAAUUGUGUGUGUGUGUGUGUGUGUGUGUGUGUGUGUGUGUGUGUGUGUGUGGUGCUUGUGUUGCUUUGCUAGCAUCCUCACGUUAUAACUGUGUUUAUCCUGACAGUGCCAAUAUUACAAAACAAUGUAAGUUCUCUGUAGUGCCUUGGACCACUGAUCAGUUUACCGGCUCAUAAACUUUUAACGUUUUUGGACCAGCUCGGACCAGUUCUUUAAAAGGAGGUCACUCCUGAUUUUAUAAUUUUGACACAAGUUUGUGUAGAAACAUGUUCGAAAAGAACUGCACUGCCCUUUAUGAAUGAAAACCACUUCCAUGACGUCCCUUUUUAUUCGCACUAUUUACUAUACAGGCUGAAGUGCAACAGGCGUUUUACAUGAAUUAUACUGUAUGUUUGUGUUGUGUUUGUGCUUAACUUUUGUAUAAACUUUAUGUUUAAUGUCAAAUAAAAUGAUUCAUUUCAUUUGCAA